AAACAUUUCUCUAUCACCAAGUUCACGGUACACAACAAAACACUCCACCACCUUACUUGAAUCAAAACCACCAUUAACAACAAUCAAACCAUGUCCAGCCUCUGCCAAAUCUGCGGUGCACGCUUCUACGACGACGAUCUAGCCAGCAAUCCACUCUCCCACUUCUGCAUUGGUCUCGAUGGUCCCGCGAUCGUGCAUUUCGAGACCGAAGAACACCAGAAUUCCGCACCACAUACUCCCGAGUUUGAGAAGCCAAAGAGUGCGACACAACCCAAAGCGUUAGCUCUUCCCGCACAAGCACAUGCACAAGAAGACCUGGAUGAGAUCGCAAAGUUGCAUCAAGAAGUAGACGCAUUGAAGGCGAAGCUGCAGAAGGGUCAUGUGUCUUUUGCGUGAAAGAAGAGUGUGAAUGAAGUCGUAGAGACCAGGCGCAACAGUACUGGAACAAAACAAGCACAGAUUGACGACUCCACGCGGCGUUCUUGGGAGGUCUGAACUUGUCGUAACGCAUAGCAUUGGCGCUGGAUGACAGGCUAACGAAACGGGACACGAAAUGACUUGAAAUUCGAGAGGGAGGCUAUAUUGACCAGGACACAUUAAUACUUGAAUACUUCACUCUUCUGCAACAGUAAUGUAACUUACCUUUGAUACCAGAUCCCAAUGUUCGCUCAAAAGUUCAGGAUCACAGCUCCGCUCCUCAGAACAUCCACCUCAAUCCUGCCUUCAUCAUUCACAGUUGCCACCUCUCCUCUCGUGACAUUGCUUA